AUGUCUACCCCAGUUGAGCCUCGAAUUCAUGGGCAUCGCAAUAAAAUACCAUACGGAGUUAGAUUCAUAAGAUGGAUUGGAAGAGAAAGGGCAGCAGCGUAUGUAUUUUCUCACAUUUUUUUAAAAUAAAGAGUCAUUGUCGAUAAAACGCGUUAACGAUAUCGUUUGUGUUGACGCAUGGAGUAAAUCACAUCCACUGUCCUGUUAUGUUUCAGUUACCGAGGCUCGGUUCUUAUUCUGACAUUUUUUGCUUACACCACUUAUCAUCUAUCAAGGAAACCUAUCAGUGUUGUCAAGGUUAGAAACAAAAAACUAACGAUCAUAUUAAUUCAUAUAUGUGGGUAUUAGCCUGCGUAGCCAACGGAAUUGUUAUUGAGCGCCAGCAAAGUUUGGCAGAGGAACUGCUAAGCCUUGCGGAGAAUGGGGAGGAGACGCUUUUCGACGCUUUGAAAUCCCACCUGCCCGAAGACUAUGGUUUUCUCAAAGGUUGGUCUCUGUACGAACAAAAGGGAGUCGUUAAAUUACAAAGCGAUGGAACUAUUUAGUGAUAAUGUGGCUUCAUUAUGCAGUUUCUCUACCAUCAACAUUGAAACAAGUUUUUCAUCGAAACAUACGAUGUCCUGUGAAAAUGCCUGGAAUUUUACUUUCAGAUUACAUGCACAUUUCAUUUUGCAACUUUACUUGUCAGUCUUCUUUGUUUUGCAGGCUUCCUCGGAUAAUCCCUGCUCACCCUGCAUGCAGCAAAACAAAUUUUAUUUUUUGUGAUUACACACAUACUUGUAAUUGAAACAUGCGGGUUUCGCAUUAGAACCUUGCUCUGAUUGGCUGCUAAAAUUGGUUUUGAUGAAGUGCCAAAAGUGGGUGGCAUUCAAAAAUCAAGUUGUCUGGCAGGUAGUCUGCUACACAGCCGUUUUUAGUGUCGUCACGCAACGCUCCUCCCCACUAACGGCUGCUGAAAACCGAACUGCAUUCCUUUCCCUUUGUGUUUGUGGUCUAACGAACAAACCAAUCACGUACAAGAAAUUUGACAAUACGUGAGCCGCAGGGCGCUAGGAAGCGAGCACGCUUCUCAGUUUUCGACAAAUCAAUCAAUCGUCGCUGAAUUUAGACGGGCUCUCUGUUUUCAAGAAACGAAAAGGUUAAUUUACAAAAAAGGUUGUUUUAAGCGGUCAAGAAAGUUCCAAGUGAAAAGAAGGUUUGAUAGGCCUAGAAAACCUUUACCAGGAUCGGUUGGUUCUUCAUUUAACGUGCAUAUGUGCUGAUAUGUAGUGAAGAAUUUAAUGUACCGGAUGUGCUCAUUGUGUUCUGUGAAAACUAAACUCUCAAGGGUACUAAGUCAAAAAGCAAUCUUAUAAAUUAUCGAUGAGCGAUUUCCCGAAACUAUACCUGGCAACUUUAUGAGCACAUCCAUGUUGUGAAUCGCAAUUUGCUCGACUUUCUUGCUGUUGCUGCUUAUCUCCUAAAUUUUGAAAAGGACUCGACUACGACAACACUGUAGUUAAUUGCUUGUUUUCACGCGACGAUUUUGAUUAUUCUGUCAUUCACACAUGGGGCAACGAUAAAAGCAAAGCUGUGAUUGGAGGAGUCACAGUACCGCAAAGGUGGCGCGAACACUUUCCAGAAAAUGGGAACUGAAUUUUAAUUGGCUAAUCACGGGAAAGGAAUGUAGUUCGGUUUUCAGCAGCCGUUAGUGGGGAGGAGCGUUGCGUGACGACUCUAAAAACGGCUGUGUAGCAGACUAUCUGGCAGGUGGAAUUUUCUUUUUUCUGCACUUGCUUAUCAGGGCAAUGCUGCAACUCACAUGACAAAAAAAAAACAAUUCCGCCAGCUAAAUGGGCUAUGUGGGUAUAAAAAUACUGAUGAUGUAACAAGAGUAAAAGUAUAUUGAAAAGUAUGAAAAUGUAGAAUGUAGACAGUGCUGGAAAUAAUUUUUCUUACUUAAAAGGACAUGUGUCCUUUCAAACCUUUAUUCUGAAAAUUGGUCGGUCAUUAAUUAGCAUACUGUAUUUACUGGAAUAAUUUUUCACACCUCAAAUGCGGUUUUUUUUUGAGGGUGGCUUUAAAUGAGAUUUUGUUAUUUUCCAUAUCAAACUGACAAAAUUAACAGGCUGCAGUGCCUUUUCGGGGGUGGCACUUAUUAACUUUUUGUCCCAAAUAGGACUCUUAUUUGAGGUGUUUCUAACUCAAGUAACCGUUAUGAUUUAUCCUGGUUUUGCCUCAAAUCAUUUGAUAGUCCAUGGCAAGAAAACCCAAGCAAUGCUUCUGGGUAAUUGCACACUCUAAAACCCGUUCUUCACAUUGACUCUUCUAAUUUGUAAGAAUAAUCUUGACUCCGAAUUUCGCAUGAUUCCAGAUGCAAUUUUGCAUAAAUCUCAAACUUUGAAAAACAAAACAAAUAGUUUAAAUAGACUGGUAGAAUGAACCAUCUGGCAAGUUCAUAUAAUUUUGCUGGGAUGUGAUUUAUAUUAAGGUGGAAGCUGGCGUAAUUCACAGAACUGAAAUGUUCGUUUAGAAUAUUUCCUCAAAUUUAAUAAUACAGUACAUGUAGUGCAAACCUCAUUUGUAAUUAACCGAAACAGUGAUUUUUUUACAUGUAUUUCUUUGAAAAUAUUCCUAAACUCAAAAAAAAUGCUUCACAUGUCUUACGAUUUUAAAUUAGUCUUAGAGAGCAUUCCUGUCUAGUAAUAUUCAAAACAAUAUCUUGUUGCUUAUGGUUCACAGCCGACUUCAAACAUCUACAUGUACGGCUUCAGCAGUCAUUAAUUGUACUAUUGUGAAGUUAUUUUCUUUCAUCUCCUUAAAUUCACAACAAAAUUUACUUUUAAGCAUUGCCUUUCCUUCUGGUUGUUGUUCAAAGUUGUGACAAAAUUCCGCAGAAGGUUUUUCUUGUUUGUCGUACAAAGCUUUCUUCACCUUUCACACUGUUGAAACAAGCAGACAUUUUGUUUUUAAAGCACGUGCUUUCACUUGCAAAGAUUAGAUUUCCAUGCAAAGUAGAGCCCAGUGAUGAGAGCUGCUUCAUUUUGCCAGAUACUGAAAACAUUUUCGACGUUUUCAAGUUUCCUCAAAGUAGAUAGUCUUUCACUGCAAUGCAAAUCUUUUCUUUUUACCAUGCUGUUUUUACCUUUUCAUGUUUUCGAAAUCAACACUGAGAUGUUAAGAAGCUUCUAAGACAAGAGCUAAGCAAGGUUUCAGCCAGAAGGGUGUCCAGCCGUCCUAUGGACACCCAUUUUUGCAAGAAAUACAAGGAAAAUUCACUUAAUCUCUUAUAAUUUUUAUGGGAAAACAUGCCUUCUGGACGGCCAGUUUUCAAUGUCUGGCUAAAAGCCUGGAGCUAAGUCAAUUAAGUGCUCUGACAUGAUGUCUAAACAUAUUGGAAUAUUAAUCGAACAUUUAUGAAAUUUUGGUCAGACAAUGUCCGAUGUCCGACAGUAAUUUCCAGCACUGAAAGAUAUACAUUGUGUACAGUCAUCUCAGUUUGUGCUAAAGUUUCUAUUUAUUAUUAUUAAUUUUUUUCUGAAUGCCUUUUAUUGUUUUGUUAAAUUACAAUUUUUGUAACAUGUUUAUACUUUUUAACUUAUUUAUACACUUGCUGCAUUGUUUGUUUAUUGUCAGUGUGUAAAAUUAAUGGUCUGAUUUGCUGUAAUUGUCAGAUGAGUGUGGUUUCCUUUGAACCAUUAUUACAAAACAGAGCUGUAGCAGUAGCUCCUGAAGCCUGUUACUACUUUUCCAUCAUAUUAUUUAUCACUCCUGAAAAGUUGAGCACUCUAGAAAAUCAUUAUUAUUCUAACCAGUUGAGAGUUUAUACUCUCAUGUACGUUUUUUUUAUUGUACGUAAUUGAACUUUUUAAUGACAGAGGCACAGUGAAAGCAGUGUUUUGGAAAGUUUACUGCAAAAUGUUUACUGUAAGAAUAAAGAGAAUUAUGAUACAGUUGCUGUUGUUUGUUUUGAUACAGUUGCAUUGUUUAAUAUUCUCUUUGUUAGGGAACACUUAAUCCAAACUGUUCUAAAGCAAAUCCAAGCUGCCAUGGAUGGAAGCCAUUUAGUAAGUUAUGUUAUCAAAACCUACAGUUGAACCUCCAGUAACAACCACCUCUCCACAAUGGUGACCUCACUGUAACAGCCUUUUUUUGGCAGACAGUCCAUACAUUGACUCUUGUUUACAAAAAACCUGUCUACAACGACCACCAAACUUCUCAGCCAUUUUCUUGUAGACCAGAGUUGACCAUUGUGGAGAGGUUCAACUGUAUUACAUGUAAAUUUGUCUGAACAUUUUAAGAGACUUCAGAAUGGUCUGUUUUAAGCUAAACAUCAUCCGUAUCUAUUAAAAACUUGGUUUAAAUUAGAGAAGAUAGUUGUUAUUGUUUUAUAUCAAAGUCACAAGUUCCAGUUUGAAUGAAUACAGAGUUGUGCUUUAGCAGCUCGCAGUAGCCUGUGACUUACAUGUACUAUUGUGCUCUGAUGAAAGGAAAUCUUUAGCUUUUGUGCUAAACAUCUGUGCUGGGCACUUGCAUCACAACUUUACAGCUUUUUGGCUACUAAAUUUUUUCUCACUGUACAGUUUUGAUACUUGGCUUGUGAUCACAAAUCUUUCUUUCAUCUUUCUGACAAUUUGUUAUUUACCAGUAGUAAAUAAACAAACCUGGAUGAUUAAAAAUCCAAAAAUGUGCAAAAAUGGUUAUUUAAUACAGAAAUGGUUAUUUACCUAAUUUGGUCUUAGCAAGUGGCCACGUGGCCCAUUUUCCUGCUCAUUUCCCAUAAUGACUUGCAGACUUCUAUUUCCAACAUGGCUUCUUCCACUUCUUUCACUUUCCUCUUUUCUCUUUCAUUUACCUUCUUCCACCCUCAUUUUCCUUCAUUUACUUUCAUUUUCCUCCGUACACCUUCAUUCGCUUUCAUUAAUCUUCAUUCACCUUCGUUUAUUUUAAUUCACCUUCAUUCUAAUUAAUUUACCUUCAUUCACACUCAUCCUUCGUCAUUUAUGUUCAUCUACCUACAUAGGUCUUCAUUUACCUUCUUUCAUCUUCAUCUACCGUCAUCUUCCUUCAUUAGCCUUCAUUCACCUUCAUCUACCCCCAUUAGCCUUUAUCCAGGGUCACCUACAUUCAUUAGCCUUCUUUUACCGUCAUACGCCUACAGCUAGGAAAGUAGUGCUCAGAGAUUUAAUUAGAGUACCGCCAUUAGUCUUCAUUAACCAUCAUCUACUUCAGCUAGUUUUCAUGAUAGUCCAGAGAUUAUCCAAUGAAUUGUCGUGCUGUCACAUUAUUCAUUUCUGACUAAUUUGUUCCCUUGUCCUUUAAUCUUCAGACAUUACACAUAUUCAAAAAUAAUUUUGCAUUUCCAUGAAACGUAUCGUGUUUUACAUUGUUUUGUUAUACAACAGGGUCUUACAAUGUAACGACGUUUUUUUUUUUUCCCGACUGAUCUCACAUUUUGGCCAUAAAAUUUUGAUACCCGAUCCAAAAUUGUUGCAAAUUCUGAUCCCUGAUCCCAUGAAAAUCUUUUGAUACCUGGAUUCAAUUCUGUACUUGCUAAAAACUGAAUGAAAUACCAAAUAAAGUCAGUGUCUCUCUUUUCAAUUUCUUUUACAAUUUUAUUGGUCACAUCAUUUGCUGACUGGAGAAUUAAGGUUGGCUCCGUCUGUUCUUUCGAGUUAUCUUAAUUUCGAUCAUAAUCCGUUCCACUUUAGAGCUCCCAUAAUGAUGUAUCUUCUAAUAAACCUUUCGCACGCAAGUGGGGAGGAAAGUUGUAGUGCCAAAGGCGACCCAACCUAGUGGGAUCUAGGGGCAUACUGCCCCGGAAAAUUUGUAAAUUUAGGGUCUAGGAAAUCCUAUUCCAGUGUUUUCUGCGGGACAUUUUCGGUAAAUUAAUACACAGGAAAAUGCUAGUUUCCUACUCCUGAGAUCUCUUUGGGCAAAGAUUGGCUUGACCAAUGAUCAAAAGUACCUACAGAAUUCCACAAAAUUAGGAUGAUUAGAAAAUCCUGUUGCAAUACGCUUUGCGUUACGGGCAGCCAUCUUGGAUGAGCCUCAAAACUACUCAGGGACUAUUUUUCUCGCUUCCUCCCAAACCGUCCCCCAUCUCCUAAGUGGUUUUGACACUCAUCCAAGAUGGCUGCCCGUAAUGCAAAGUGCUCGAUAUUGACGAUCUUACGGAAAAAUAGGGACUGUGAAGGGUGAACAGUCUGUAGUGCUAUGUAUCAGAUUUGGAUCGGUCAGUAGCUAACUUCAAAGCAGCUCGGAGCCAUUUCUGCAUUUAACCGCGCUAUGUUUUUGGAAGAAGCCAUGUUGGAAAUACAAGUCUGCAAGUCGUUAUGGGAACUGAGCGGGGAAAUGGGCCACAUGGCCACUUGCUAAGACCAAAUUAGGUAAAUAACCAUUUCUGUAUUAAUAAACAUGUUUGCACAGUUUUGGAUUUUUAAUCAUCCAUGUUUUAUUUACUAAGUAACCAACUCUCCAGUUUGAUUAUAAAUAACCAAUUUUCCAUUUUGCCUGCAUUUUGGUUAUUUAAUAAAUGCCUUAACCAAUUUUGCAUUUUGGUUAUUUGAUAAAUAACCAAUUUUGCAUUAAUAAGCAAUCUCGCAUUUUGGUUAGGGUAUUUAAUAAAUAACCAAUUUCGCAUUUUGGUUAUUUGAUAAAUAACCAAUUUUGCAUUAAUAAGCAAUCUCGCAUUUUGGUUAUUUAAUAAAUAACCAAUCUCACAUUUUAGUUAUUUAAGAAAUAACCAAUCUCGCAUUUGGUUAUUUAUUCGCGUUUUGGUUAUUUAAUAAAUAACCAAUUUUGCAUUAAUAACCAAUUUCGCAUUUUGGUUAUUUAAUAAAUAACCAAUCUCACAUUUGGUUAUUUUGAAAUAACCACUUUUUAAUUUUUGGUUAUUUGCUAAAUAACCAAAUUUCAGUUUUGAUUAUUUGUAAAUAACCAAUUUUAUAUUUUGGUUAUUUAGAAAUAAUGAAACUGUAAUGUGGUUAUUUGGAAAUAACCAACAUUUGGUGCCCGAUAUCUGAUUGGUUAAAAACCUAUGGUUUAUUGCACCGGUAAACUCAUAGAAAACUGAAACAUGCUUUUAAGUUAUUUUAUAAGAGCUAUAGACCACACUUUCUAUGGGUUUACCAGCAUGAUAACCCACUUGGGAUGUUGGGAGAACACUCGAAAAGCUUGUAGUACAAGCUUUUCUCGUGUUCUUCCAACAUCCCAAGUUGGUUAUCACGCCGGUAUUCAGCUGAAUUUCGAUUGGCUGAAUUGUUAUGUUGCUAAGAAAAUGUCAUGCUUGAUUUCAUGUGGGUUACAUAAAUACAAGACCAAUCGAUGGUAAACUCAAAUCACAGCCACGUCUAUGAAAUGACAGCAGUCUAAUCUCUUGAUAAAGGAUAAGCAAAUGAUUAUUUCAUGUCUGGAGAAAGGAGAAAAAGGAACAAAUUUAGCACUUGAGUUAAAAAUCAGCAAGCAGCUGAUCUCAGAUAUAUGCAAAAACAAAGAGAAGGUCCUGAAAUUCACCGAUAGCAUCGAGACUAGGGAAGGGUUGAAAAGAAAGUCCCGUACCGUUGCAAAUGAUGAGCAGCUGGAUAAAGCAAUAUUGACCCUUUCCAAGUAAUUCAGCUUCGAGGAAUGAUGGACUGCUAUGCGAUCACGUAAUUCAUUAAAACAACUAGUAUGCUUGAACAUUUUAGAGUGCUGUAAAUGCGUGAACACUUGAAACUGUACCUUUUUUAUUUGUAAAUACAUAACAAAUAGACCGUAUAUAAAUGCAAGUGGAGCUAAUUCACAAUUAACUUUUGUUUUCUUUAUUCUCUAUUUUCACUUUAUUGUCUCAUUAAUAUUCAUAUUUUCGAUUAUGUGGACUCUCAAUUAUCCAGACUAUUUACUCAAGUCCCAAUGAGUCCAAAUAAUAGAGGUUCCACUGUGUAUCCCUUGCUACCCUGUAAGGGAAGUGUACAAUACUUGCACUCCAUUUCCGUACUUCUUGUUCAAACUCCCGAUAACUCAAACUGUUUUUGAUUUCCCUUGAAGGUUCGAGUUAUCGAGAGUCAACUGUAAUAAUAUGGCUGCUGAAAAGAGUCUUUUUUCUCAAAUUAACAUCUAUCAGAUCCAUUUCCCAAGGGUUGUCUGUUAAGUGUAAAUUUGCAUAAAUAGGCCACGUAUAUUAUUAUGUUACUGCCAAGAGAAUGUCAUGCUUGAUUUCGUUUUGUUUGUGUAACACAAAAACCAAGUGAUCGUAAACUCAAAUCACAGCCAUGUCUAUGCAACUAAAGCAGUCUGUUCUCUCAAUCAGUUAGUACGCAGCUCCUAAAAACCUUAAAUUUCAUUGGUUCUCCAUAACACACAGCUCCAUUAUUUUAAGAAUAGAGUCAUUUUUAUAUUUCAAUGUCUAUUGUUUUCACAGCCAAUACUGUAAGCCCUUGUAAAGAGCUGUGUGGCGCCCCAUCUCAAUGAAGGAUAAGCAAACAAUUAUUCAAAUUUAGCACUCAAGUUUAAAAUCAGCUAGCAGCAGAUCUCAGAUAUAUGCAAAAAAAGAGGAGAUCCAGAAAUUUACUGACAGCAUCGAGAUGAGUAAAGGAUUGAAAAUACAUUAAUACUUACAGUCCAUACAUAAACUCAAGAGGGAGCUUCUUCACAAUUAAAUUAUGUUUUCUCUAUAUUUCCUGACAGUAUAUGAUUGCAUUAUUGUGCCAUUAAUAUCCAUACUUUCAGUUAUCUAGACUAUUUACCCAAGUCCCAAAGAGUCCAGAUAAUCAAGGUUCAGCUGUAUACUGGGGUCAAGAAUCCAUGUGUGACCACUUACCAAAAACGCCAAAAUGAUCGUGACCACUUUUUUCUGGUGGUUAUUGAUAGGAAAGAGUUUUAAGUAAAUAUUAAAAAUUGCAAGGACUUAAAGGUUUCAUCUCCAUCAGAAAUGCACCUUUUUGCAUGUUUUAACAAUUUCUGAACGAAUAGUUAGAAAUAUUUCCAGCGACUAUGUUUAUUUACCUGAUGUAGUGGUUACUCAUGAUGUUUGUCAUUACAUCUUAUUUAACUUACAACCCAUACAAUUUUCAGUGAUGCAAAGCACUAGGCUGACCCAAGAUAGCCGAAAGUGGUUUGUAGUACGGCAAAGCUUUCUUCUGAUUCUAAGCUUCAAGGGCUUGUUAACGUUAAUGUGAAAAUUAGAAAAUGCCACCCAAAGAUGUUUUGCACUUAUGCUGGGACAAACGGAGAGCCACUGGGUAUCACUCCAAACAACAAAAAACACAAGAGUGGUCCUGAGAAAUUUCUAGUUUUUGCCCGAAAGACUGUAAUUUGAUAUCAGUACAGUGACUAUAUUGUACAUGUAUUACAGAAAUAAUUACUUUGCUAUUGAUAAUGUCCUACAGAUUAAACAGGAUAGUCUAAUUUCAUGAGAGUUGAGGCAUCUUUUAAUAUAGGAGUAAGGACUCAUUGGUUUUUGAACUGGGACCCAAUGGUUCUGGACUGGGACUCAUGAUUUUUCAUAAGAUGAGUCCCAGGACUCACUAUCAGCAAUUUGUAACAAAAUCACUGAUGGUAGACCUUUGUUAUAAGUUUUCUAAGUUUUCUUGAUUAUGAUUUUCUGUGUAGAUUCUGUUGACAGUGGAGAUGAGCUACUUGGAGCACUGGACCUGGCAUUUCUUUUUUCCUAUGCUGUUGGCAUGUUUUUUAGGUUAGCUUGGAAUGUUCUUUCUGAAGAACUGUCUGAUUCCAUAAAAUUACCUGUUACUGGUCAAAUUUGAUUUCUGGUUUAUUUUGAUUUAAUCUAGGUUGAUCCUCAAUUUCCUAUGUCUGCUAGCACUAAAACACAAAUUGAGAAUCAACCUAGGUUAAAUCCAAAUUAACUUUAAAGCAAAUUUGACCAGUAACAUAUCCAUACCCUAACAUCUAGACCUCUUACCACUGGAAAUUCUAGGUUGCUCAAUUCCCUCUUGCCUCUAGAAUUCUAAACUAUUGAACUUCCCACAAGUACUGAGAAUUCUGUAAUCAGGGAUUUCAGUUUUUUCUUCCAGCUGAUUUGAAAACUCCCCUCAAACUCCCAAACACCUCUGUUGAGUUGAAUUUCACACCCUCCAAAAAAAUGCUCCGGUUUAAUUUUCAGCCCAAUGAAUAAUCAGUGCAAAGACCUAGAUGAAAGAAGCUUCUGGCUUCCUACCUGCAAAACUGCAUGAUGCAUGAAAGUAGUUGCCAGUUAUGUGAAUUUUUAAGUACUGGUUUUCUACCAAAGUGUAUCGUUUACAUCUGCGAAACCUUGUUUGGCUUCUCUGCAUUAACAGAAAUAAGUAUACUCAAAACUCUUUUGGAAUUACAUUCAGCCUAAGGCAAGUCUUGUGAGAGGGUGGUAACAUUCUAUUGAACAGUACUGUAACUUACUAUCACCCCAACCUCUGUUGUGUACUUUGCUUAUUUAUAAGUCAAUAUUAUUUUAAAGUUAUCCCUAUUUCUUGUUACAAGCACAGGAAAAAAUAACAUUCCCAUUUUUGGAUAUUUUAAGGUAUUUAAAGAACACCCACAAAAAUCCCAAAUUUGGAAGAGUGAGACAAGUCCCAAUCAGGGAACUUGGUUGAGAAUUUCCUGGUUGGGACUUGUCUCACUUUGCCAAAUUUGGGAUUUUUAUGGGUAUUCUUUAAAUACCCUAAAAUAUCCAAAAAUGGGAAUCCGUUAUUUUUUCCUGUGAGGGUGUCAAACAUUUUAGCACACUGUUUUUCUCUGUAGUGGCUUCCUUGCAGAGCACAUGGAUUUGAGGCAUUUUCUUACAAUUGGCAUGAUCUUAAGUGGGCUGUUGACUAUUGCAUUUGGGAUGGGUUAUGUGUGGAACAUUCACUACUUUGCGUAUUUUGUCACUGUCCAGGUACCUAUGAUAUUUUUUCUUAUGUCUUACCCACUAUAUGCCAUACCCAGCUAUUGUUACAAGACUUUCAUUUAUACUUUGCUAAUACUGCCUCCGGUUCGCUGAUUAUUUUUUUAACUUCUGUUUCUGUCAUUUCUUUCUAUUGGACCUACUAGUAUGGAAAAUCCAAAUAAUAUCGUGGAUUUUGAUUAUUGUUUGUUAAAACAGCAUAUUGCACUGUUUGUUCUUAAUUCAUUACUACUGAUCAAUAACAUAAUAGGUAAUUAUUAUUAUUAUGUGGGCAAAACGAACUCUACCAGAUGCAGUAAGCUGCCACUUUGCAUUUCUGUGAUGUCAGAAAUGCUGUAAAUCUAUCAAUAUUUCAUAUUUUGAACAAGCCUACCAAAGCAGAAUUUUAGUAAAAGUUUUUUUAUCCUGCUAAAGCAAUGUGUUCCCAACUAAUCCAAAAUCAUUCUUAAAUAGUAAAUGAUAACUGAGCAUGCCAAGUAUUUUUACUGUAAAUUAGUAAAUGCAAUGGUUUAAAAUAUUAACAUAUAUAUAUAUAUAUAUAUUUCUUAUUUUCAGGUAUUUUCAGGUUUUUUUCAGGUGAGCAAAAAAGAUUACCAUGUCAUAUAGUGAGUCUAUUGCCAGUAAUAAAGUUAACAUAUAAACAGAAUGUAUAACCAUCACUUUUUGUCUUCUGGGCUGGGUUAAGACAACCCAGGGUAAGUGGAAAAUUUGAAUUCAAAUACAAAGGUUUAAAAAGUAAAUUAAGGUAAAUUCAUUUUGUUUACGAUUUGAUGAUUGGAAGCUCUAAAAAGAAUAGAGAAAAUUAUCCUAGAAAAUAAUUUUGAACAAAAUUAAAAUAAGCCCAGACUGAAACUUAAAUCCAGGUUAGUGUUAGUGGGCCUUUGAACAACUGGGGCGUGAAGUCUUUGUUUUCUAAUGUGAUGAUACUUCCUUUCUUAUCCCUGUAGAGCUCUGGCUGGCCCAGUGUUGUAGAAUGUGUUGGAAAUUGGUUUGGAAAAGGACGGUAGGCUCAACUUUUUUCUCUGCUUUUCUAUUUGUUCCUUGGCUUACACUUUAUACAAGUGGCAGAACAAAUCAUACACCAGUCAUCAUUUUUUCACGUUUUCUGAACACUUUCACAGCAACAUUUUGUGAAUGACAUUAAGUCAGGCUGCAGCAUGUGUUUCUUAAUCAGAAAAUUUAUUUUAAGAAAGAGCAAAGUUGACAUUGUUAUGGAGGGAAUUUCACUUUUUUGCAUGUGAAACCCUUUUUAUUAACCACCUAUUUCAUAUUGAAAUUGUAAGUUUGUAAUAUUACUAUUACUACUUAAUCAAUUCAGGCGUGGCUUGAUAAUGGGAAUAUGGAAUUCUCACACAUCAGUUGGCAACAUUUUGGGAUCUGCAAUAGCUGGUAUAUGGGCUAGCAAUCAGUGGUAAGAGCUCAAAACUAUUUUACCUUUUGCAAUGUGCAAAACCAUUUGCUUCUUGUUUCUUAUAGCUUGUUGUCUUAAUUAUGAGGUUUUUGUCUUGACAGGGGGUAUUCAUUCAUUGUCCCAGGAUGUAUAAUUAGUGGAAUGGCAGUCAUUAUAUUCCUUUUUCUUGUAGUAGGUGAGUAUUAUGUCACACUACAGAGAUCAAAAUUCAACCUUGUUGUAAUUAAGUAACUAACAAAAGACAAGUGAAAAUUAGUUAAUGAUAAUAGUAUUAUUGAAUGAGGCUGAGUAUGAUUGAAGAAUAAGAACAACAGGCUCUGAUGGAGAUCUGUAUAAUUCUUCACAACAUAUGAAAGCUGAAUUCAAUAGUUUUGUUAUUCAUUCAAACUAUUUCUAAAUUCUUAACAACAUUACCUCCUUGAAGACUUUCUUUAAAACAUUGGCCUGAAUCUCGGCACUGUUUCAAGAUAUAAAUAGAUGUUUUUUGUUGCAGAUUCUCCUCAAAGAGUAACAUACAUCAAGCAAUAUGUUUUGCAUAUUCUUGCAUUUCUUCCUUUCAGUUUUAGUCAAAAAAUCAUCCAUUUCAUCUCUGCAUAGUGAUGAAGACAAUGUUUUUGAGUUCACUUGGGAAUAAACAGAUGGGAUGCUAGGCUGCUAGUAUGAGGGUAUAUCUAUGACAAAUUUCAGUAACCUAAAAGUGAAAAGGGAGAAGUCAAAUCUGAAAUAUACCGAGUCAAAGUUGGUGAAAAAAGAGCACGCUAAAAGGAAGAAAUACUUAAAAAGGCAACUAUCAUAUAGGUGUCACGCAGAAAAAGGCAUCACGCAAAAAGGCAACACGCUAAGAGGCAACGCGGAAAAAGUUAUCACGCAAAGAGCCAACACGCAAAAACGCAUAACGCAAAGAGGCAUCACUCAAAGAGCCAACACGCAGAAAGGCAUCACUCAAAGAGCCAACACGCAAAAAGGCAUAAACGCUAAAAGGCAACACGCAAAAAGGCAUCGAAAAAAAGGCAAUUUGCAAAAAGGGCAUCACGUAAUAAGUUUACGUAGGAUCCAGGCCUGGAUCUUUAGUACAUACUGCUAUCUUUAGUACAUACUACUACUCCCUCGUAAGGUGGGAUCAUCCUCAUAUUGACGGAAACUUCCCACUGCUGUUAACGCUGCACGAAGAACCGCUAAAACCUGUCCGCCAUCUUGGUAAAGAUGUGCCGGAAAGAAAUGCAAUCGCUGUCAAUUCCGUUUUGGACUUGUUGUAAUAUAUCAAUCAGGGCACGCAUACGGUACCAAAUAAGCACCUCACGAGGUGAGCAAGAUGGAAUGUCUUGUUCGAAUACCAUUUCGGUUUUCUUGCAGUAUGUACUAAAUAAUCCUGUUUAAGAUCCAGGCCUGGAUCGUAAGUAAACUUCUCACGUGAUGCCUUUUUGCAAAUUGCCUUUUUUUGCGAUGCCCUUUUGCGUGUUGCCUCUUUGCGUUAUGCCUUUUUGCGUGUUGGCUAUUUGUGUGAUGCCUUUUUGUGUGUUGCCUCUUAGCGUUAUGCCUCUUUGCGUGAUGCCUUUUUGCGUGUUGGCUCUGCGUGAUGCCUCCUUGCGUGUUGCCUUUUAGCGUGAUGCCUUUUUCUGCGUGAUACCUAUAUGAUAGUGGCUUUUUAGUAUUUCUUCCUGUUAGCGUGGUCUCGUUUUUACCAACUUUGACUCGGUAUAUUUCAGAUUUGACUUAACGCUUUUCGCUUUUACGUUAUUGAAUUUUGUCAUAGAUAUACCCUUAUAAUUUUCCCCCUACUGAUAACGCUGCACGAAGAACCGCUAGUAUGUACUAAAUGAUACUGUUUAAGAUCCAGGCCUGGAUCCUAAGUAAACUUCUUACGUGAUGCCCUUUUUGCAAAUUGCCUUUUUUGUGAUGCCUUUUUGCGUUAUGCUUUUUUGCAUGUUAGCUCUUUGCGUGUUGCCUUUUUGCGUGUUGCCUCUUUGCGUUAUGCCUUUUUGCGUGCUGCGUCUUUGCGUGAUGCCUCUUUGCGUGUUGCCUUUUAGCGUGAUACCUAUAUGAUGGUGGCUUUUUUAGCAUUUCUUCCUUUUAACGUGGUCUUUUUUUUUUACCAACUUUGACUCGGUAUAUUUCAGAUUUGACCUAACCCUUUUCACUUUUAGGUUACUGAAUUUUGUCAUAGAUAUACCCUCAUAUGCUAGGCUGCUGCCUGGAAACAAGAUUAAUAGAGAGGAGAGGUCGGUAUGUCACGUUGCCAUGGUAACAAAAUUUCUGGAUGACAACAAACCGAAAACGUCACUUAAGUGCAUUUGCAUUGUUUCUUAUUCAGUUUCAAUUAAUUUGUCAAAUGUUGGCUGAAUUUUCUGUGGUUGAAUCCGAAAGGACUCUAUUUAGGUUGAAAAAAAGAAAUAAAAAUUGUGUUUUGUUUGCGUACUUUAUAAAGCGGGCGCGUGAAAUCAGCCAGUUUCACGCCAUAGUCGUGCUACGACGGCUAAGAAAUGUACAAAAAAGCAUGAUGCACGUGCAAAGUUGUUGUUUUGCUAUCUACACUACGCUUUUUUGCCAAUCAAGCUUCCCAUUGUUGUGAUCCAAAAAUUUUGCUACCAUGGUAACGUGAACGUCACACUCUUCCUCUGUAUUGAUGGGUUAUUAGGCAUUAUUAAAAUCCAACUAGUGGUCUAUUAUCAAUGCUGCGUUCCCAUUAGUUGAGCUACUACUAGGCUAUAUGUUAUAGCCCCCUGGUAGCGAAAAGCGCGGGCUUUUUGCCGGCAAAAAAGGAUUAAAGUCUAGCUUUAACUAGCUAAAAUUUUUUUACUCUCGAUAUUUUUGACCAACUAGUUGGAUUUUACUAAAACAAUUAUUCCUCUCGCCCUCAUGGCCUCUGAGUCAAUAGCCCGUGAGGCCUCAUGGGCUAUUGACUCAGAGCCCAUUCGGGCUCGAGGAAUAAUUGUUAAAGAACCCAUCAAAUUGAUGGGUUAUUGCCCACAUCGUCCAAAUAUGGUAAGCAACAGCUUACCAUGAAGAUUCGACAAAGUUGAAUCAUGCUGGAUUGAAAUUAGGCGUGAAAAACUAAAGAAAAUCGUUAUCGAAUGUAUCUAUCGGCACCCAUCAAACGACCGUGAGCAUUUCCUUGAAACCCCAAAGCAGCGAUUAGACAAAUUAAACAAUAAAGAAAAAGAAGUAUUCAUCGUAGAUAACAUUAAUAUAGACUUCCUGAAAUACAACAAUGAUAAUCAAACCUCCGAAUAUUUCGAUAUGUUGCUCAACUGUGGAUUUUUGCCGUUGAUCACCAAACCCAAACGCGUCACUGAUCAUUCCUCAACAAUUAUUGAUCACAUUUAUUCAAAUGUAUUCCGCAAAGUCAUAAAUGCGGGAAUCUGCUUAGCUGAUGUUUUCGGACCAUCUACCAACAUAUUAUACAGUCGCAAAUGAGCUGCCUGUGUCAAACAAAGCAAAAUAUUUUCGCGAUUUUUCUCAUUUUGACAGUGAUUCAUUUUUAAGAGAUGUAGAGGCUAUCGAGUUCUCUGGCCUAGUAAAUGAUGACGUUAAUCAAAGUACCGGUAUUAGCAACUUAGUUGACAUACUACAAAAAAUUUCUGAUAAACACGCACCUAAGCGCAGAUUAAAUAGCAAAAAGAAAAGACGUUUAAAGAAGCCUUGGAUUUCCAAUGCCAUUGCCACUUCAAUCAAACGGAAACAAAGACUCUUCAAAUCUCACUUUCUAAGCCGAGAUCCGGAAAAAAUUACGAUUUACAAAGUGUUCAAUGAUAAACUGAAUAGAAUUAUUUCACGGCACAAUUUAACCUUAAUAGUGAGACCUUAAAAAGAACUUGGAAGCUUAUCGGUUUGCUCAUAAACAGGAAAAAGGGUGGCACCCCGCCAGUAAUAACUAAAGUCAUCUAUAAUGGUGCUUCCUACACAGAUAGGAAGAAUAUUGCCCGUCAGUUUUAAAUACGCAUUUCAUAAAUGUUGGUAGUAAUCUUUCUGCAAAGCUCCCACCGAGCGAUAUAAAUCAAACAGUUUUGCAUUUCCUGGAAUCUACGCACAUGAAGUUCAAGAUACGAUAAUGGGACUAAAUCUGAACGAAUCUUCCAUAGGGGUUCCCCCAGGAUGUAUGAAACUGGCAUGCCUUUUUAUGAGGCACUUCCAGCAAUCUAUAAUCAGUCUUAACAACAAAGAACCGUUCCAGAUAUAGUUAAAAUAUAUAAAAAAAAAUAACUCCUAUUGAGAAGGGGGGCGACGCAACCGACCCUGCGAAUUAUCGACCAAUUGCAAGUCUAUCAGUUCUUUCUGAAGUAUUUGAAAAAUUGAUAUUCAAGCAACUUAGUAACUUUAUAGAAAAGCACAAUAUUCUGUUUGGAUAUGGAUUUCGUAUAGGUCACUCAACAUCUCAGGCCAUAACUGAACUCACUAAUACUCUAAGGAAGGCCAUUGAGAGAAACGUAUACACCUGUGGUGUUAUACUAGAUUUCUCCAAGGCAUUCGGUACUGUAAAUGACUAAAUUUUGUUCAAAAAGCUAGAAGCAUACGGUAUUAGAGGUCUCCCUUUAAAAUGGUUCAGUGGCUACCUAACAAACAGGUAACAGUAAACUGCACUAGGAGACACAAACUAUGGGCUGUGGAAUACCCCAGGAUAGCACACUAGGACCAUUACUGUUUCCUAUUUAUAUAAACGACUUACCCAGCUGCUCCGAUAAGUUAAGUUUCAAAAUUUUUGCUGAUGAUACCAACGUAUUCACCUCGGCGAAUAACCUUAAAAGCCUUAAAACUCCUGUGGACUCUGAACUUGAGAAGGUGAAAGAAUGGUGUGACGAAAAUAAACUGUCAAUAAGUACGGCAAAAACUAAUUUAAUUUAUGAUAAUUAAGUCCACUAAAAAAAGGAUAUGUCAGUGAAUAUUCAGAUUAGAAACAAGGAUGGAACGUACUACUCUUUGGUUCGCAAGGGCCAUAUUAAAUGUUUAGGGGUAAUGAUUGAUGAUUUUAUCUCAUGGAAAUAUGGUAUCUCAUAUAUUCGCUCACGAAUUUCCAGAAAUAUCAGGAUUAUAUCAAAAUUAAGGCACUUUUUAUCUGUUAAGCAACUUAAAGCAAAUUUACUACAGCUUAAUUUAUCCUUACAUCUCAUAUGCAAUUUUGGCUUGGGUUAUCACCUAUAACUCGCACCUAAAAAAAGGGCAGUUUCAGCAAAAUCUUGUAGCGAGAUUAUCCUCCUUGUAAACACACAUGGCAAAGAUACCGAGAGUGCUCUUCCAUUGCUGAAUUUGCUAGACAUACGCACAGUAUACAACGUUUAUUCUCUGCACGUUGACAGUGGCAGUGGGAUGAAUGUGUUUCCAAUACGGGGUUGCUAACAGAUGAAGUAAUCUAAAUUGAGCAUUCCUAUAGAGAUUAACUUCUUAAUCUGUACUUACAAAUCUAAGACAGCAAAAUUUGAAAACUUCAAGUAACUGUCCCUCGUACCCUUAAUUCCCUCGCGUAGAGAUGUAUCGUUUUUUUUUCCCACUGCGUUGGAAAGCGCGCUAGGUGAUAUUGAGAAAUUCUGGAAACACGUCGUUGGCCGGUCAGCUCCAAAACCACCCUCCCCUGAUAGCUACACUUACAUGAAAUUUCUAAGUCUCUUCUAAAUUCUGCUCUUCUAACCUUAUUCUAAGUCUAAGUCCCUUCAAUUAUUUUUAGAAUAAAAAAGGAGAUUGAGUGUGGCAUAAGCGGGAUUCGAACCCGCGGUCCUAAAAACCUUAACCCACCACCUACACCACUGCACCAUAGUGGAUUCGACCUCAAGUUAUGUUUUCGUUUUACAUAUUUAUAGUGACAAACCUAACAGUAAAUGAAAGAUAACCAUUUCACUAUGUUUAGUGCGUAACCCCAAUCACUCUAACGUUUUUCGCGAAAUUUUACCGGGAUUUUGAAAUGUCAUAACCUAAGAGAAUACGUAUUGAACGUUAGAAGACUUAUUUCACAGAUUUAGUACGAACUAUUGCUAUUAUAAUAUUGCAUUUUUUUAUGGUGUAGAUCCCAGUCAUGUGGGCUUGAGUUCUCCUACUCAACACCGAGAAGUGGAGGUAAGUUUACACCCCAACUUUACAGUCUGUAUUAACAGUGAGAGCCAACUCCGAUGUUAAAUUUAUGCAGGGGAAACUGAGUGUGAUUUAGUCAAACAGGCCAGAGAUAAGAGCAGAAAAUCAUUACACAACCUGCACCUUCUUAAGUUAUUUACCAACAAAGUAUCUUGAAUUUGGUUCUUUUUAACUCGUGGAUUACGUGUAGCGUAAGGAGCGAGUAAUUGUGGGCACUGCGAUAUGCAAAUGUGUCACUGGGGUGUAGACAUACUUCGUAAUUAGUCGUCUUGCACGAGAACGCCCGAUAUCGAAACGACAACUGUCGUAGAUCGAUCGUUCCCGUUCCGCGAUCAAGAAGUGCUGAGCGUGCAUUGUGCCCAGAGCUUUUCAUGUUAUUGGCGACAAGUUGCCUUCAUGUGGACUUUGAAUGUUUCAAGUUAACACUAUGACCGACUUUGAGACAGAAGGUUAUGAACUUUUGAAGCUUUUUGACUCGUCCAGGCGAUAAACAUGACGAACAGAUCAGCUAUUGCUCUGUGACUACCCAAGCUGGGCCAAGCUCACGAUUUUUUAACUUUUCUCACGACAAGACUCCCAAUCACAUGGUUUUUAGGGAAAUAUCAUUCUGAAAUGAAAUGUUUCUUUGUUGAAUAAAAACGGAAAUGUUUACUGUUGCUGAAUCGUAAUUGAUUCUCCUCAUGUAAACGCAGAGAAUUGCAAGCUGUACAACGCCGUCAGCAAGAGACUUCGCGACAGUUUUUCAAAUGCGACGAAAUGAGUUAAAGUACGGCUUUUACCGUUAAAACCAUGCUUGCUUUCCUCGAAUAUAUCUUUCAAUUCUUCAUAAAUAAAGCUCUACCAGCUUCAGACAGCGUCCACCGGCAGACUUUCAUGGGCAAAAAUGUUAUUAAUUAAUUUAACGCCAAUGUUUAACGUUAGUUGUCGUGGCGCAAUAGAUAACGCGUUGACCUUACACGUCAAUGGUCUGGUGUUCGACUCCCGCCGGAGGAAACUUAAACAUAUUUUCAUUUUUUGCCAGACUUAAAUUAUACCGGUAGACUAAUUGCCAGUUCAAGAUCAGCUUUCAUUUCUAAAAUGAUUAAUCCACGAGUUUGCCAUAGGCACCCCUUUGAUUUACAUGUGUAGUCAAAUGCUGAUUUUUCAAACAACCUUGGGAAGAGCAAAUUGGUUCAAAUAAUUGGGAGGUUUGAAAAAUUGGGUGUAAAGUUGCAUUGUUCGCCCUAGCCUGUUCCAGGCUCUCGGGUAGUGGGGAAGACGCGAAAGUAAAAGGAACGCGAAAAGUUGGCGAGGCGAAAAAGAGGAAAAGGAAGAGAGAGAGAGCCUGCUCUCCCCAGUUUCCUCCCGUUUUAUUUUCGUCUUCGCGCUUUCUCAAUUCAGCGGGCCCAACUAUCUCGGAGCCUGGAACAGGCUAUGUUCUCAGUUCGCCCACGAACGCAAACGUAUUUCCGGUCAUCGUUUCUCUCCACCCGAGAGAAGCGACGACCGGAAAUACGUCUACGUUCGCAGGCUUCGAGAAACCGGGAUUCUACUGCAUGUAAAACUUCAGAUAUUUCUUUCUCUGCACGUUUUGCAGAUUUGUUAAAAGCAAGGUUCCGACUGAGAGCUUCCUUUAUGAACGAAUUAAUUCACUAGAAGACUUGGUCUUGUAGAUGAUUGUAGUAAACUGUAAAAUAUUCUCACUGAGAUACUUCAGCAAGUUUCCUUAGUACUAUAGUUAGUUCCCUCUUCAAAGUUGAUUGGCUGAUUUUACUUAUUUAUUACUCUAGCCUCAUCAAGUGGAUACCUCGGUAAACAGUCAACGGUUUAUGGAGGUGUAUAUCGUAUAUGUAUAUAUUUAUAUAUUGUGCAUUAAUUUAUUACCACUUAUGAGAUCUUAAAAGUCAAGUGCUUUACCGUUAAGAAAAACAUUAGGGAGCUUAAGCAGCAACGUUUUUGAGCGACGCACGUCAACCGGAAGUGGCCUUUUUUCAUUUUUUGACGGUGGUUUCGCGCAAAUUUUCAGUCAAAUCGCCUCUCUAACAGUAAAGAAGCUAAGGAAUACAAAUUUUAUAUCAUCAAGGCAUGUUAAGAGGGAAAAUACCUCACUUCCGGUUGACGUGCGUCACUCAAAAACGUCGCUGCUUAAGCUCCCUAAUAUCUAAUACCCAGCCAUUCGAUGCCCAACAUUAAAGCACCACAAAGCCAACUGUGUACCAUCUGGAAAUUCAUUAAGUUCACAAAAAGCAUAUUUUUGAAAGAUGAUUUCAGAAGAAGCGGCUGCAGAAAGAUAUAGAGAAAUAUUGUCUGAGGGCCUUCUUGUCUUCAGUUUUACAGAGGGUGUGGGAAGUCUGCAGUAAUCCCUAACAGCUGGUAAAAUAACAACAAACACACUGUCGUACAAAACACAGUUUGACGUUGCUCCUGGAAAUCAUUGUGCGUGCUAGGUUGCGCUGAUUUCCAAAAUUAACUGUGGCCAGUGAGAAGACAGUUUGUGAAUGCAAUAUACAAUAAUAUAAAUUAAUGCUUGCAUUGAGAAAUUGAUUUCAUCUUAUUACUUGUAGAGUACCAUCAGUGAAAGGGAAGAUCUUUUAAAGGAAAAAAUUAACAGUGGUUCAGCAGACGUCAAAAUUAAACAGGUUGGUAACGUCUGCUUCUUUCUGGUUAGCGUCAUGGAGAUCUCAUCAAUCUGUUAGUUAAGUUCAGGAUACAAGGACUGUUCAAAGACAAACUAUGUCCAUGCCUUCCUUCCCCCUGCCCUCCCCUCCCCCAUCACAAAAGUCAUGCCAAAAAAAUAAAAACAAACUACUGUUAUGUAAACUACUUUUGCCAUAUUAUCGCGCUCCCGAUCGGCUGGACUGAUCAUUAGUAUUAUUUGUGAUGUUGGGCAUUUUAUGCCGUAUUUGCAUUCCUGUCAGUUCUGAAAGAAAACUUUUAUUGAACUUGUUUUUUUUUUUCGUGUUAAGCUUAUGUUUAGGACACAAUUGACAUGAGUUUGUGGCCGCUUGAGGUUGGUUCAGGGAUCAUUGACAGGUUAAAAAUUGUGUAAUAUUUUGUUGUUUCAGUUACCCGAUGGUUCAUCAUCCUCUGAGGCGUCAUCAACAGUAACAAAUACAGCUGAUGUUCCUGCUGUUAGUUUUUGGCGAGCUGUUCUUAUACCUGUGAGUAAUAGAAUUUGUUAAUUGCCUUGUUCAUCUAUUCCUGAAAAGCUCCUUUGACCAUCAUGUGGCGUUAAGGUGAAUAUUACUGGCAAGGCAUAGGCCUGGUUCUCAAGAAUCCUGGUAACUUUUCGGGCCCUGGCGGAAAUCAAAAUCAUAUCCAAAUAAAGAUGUAAAGAAAAAAGCAAAAAUACCAGUCCAUUUUCUUUCGUUAACUGUUGGUUUGUCAUAUUAUUUGCAAAUCUAUUACAACGGCCUCUAUCUUGAAGAUUAACAACAACAGUUUUCCGGGACCAUAACGGGUUCCUGGUAUACACUUCAUUUGCUUAAAGAAUAUUCUGUCAUAUGUUUCUUGCAACAUAUUCUUCAUUAUAUGUCUAUAUCUGCUCGGUUUAGUUGAAUCUCUUCACUGUUGUAAAAUUAUUUCAUCAACUUCUUUACUUAGCUAUUAUUUUUGAAUGUUAAGUUGUUUUUUUUUGUUUCUCUACAGGGAGUAAUAGAGUACUCACUAUGUUUGUUCUUUGCUAAACUGGUCAGCUACACUUUUCUCUUUUGGCUUCCAUUUUAUAUUCAAAACACAAGUAAGGACUUCUUUUAAGUAUCCUCAAGUCCCGAAAGUAACGAUGCCCCGUUUAAUAGCGACCUCGGGAUUGUUUUUUCUAUUAUUUUUUUCUUUGUUAUUGGUUAGAAGUUAAGAAUAGAGUUGAAAUGCUAGUAACGGAUUGAAAACUGCAAAUGCAUGAUUUGGACGCAAAUAAUGGGACACUUACUGUGAAGUUCUAUUAAGUGAACAAGUUAUCUGUGCUUGGAUACCUAGAGCUUAUGGGGGUAAAUUGUGUUCUAAACUUUAUUUGUCCCGGCGAUAUUUUUUGUACAUUGAGUAAAAGUAAACAUUUUUUAUACUUCUGAAGGAAGCGACCCCAAAAGACUGAUAAUUUUUAAACUCUCGUGCUCUUAAAGUUGUCCUGUUCACAGUGCAUCCUCCAACACGUCAGCUCACUCAAACAAUAAUUUGACCCUUUGAACCUCAUAAUGGGACAUUCUUACAAUAUGCUGUAAACUUUCAUUGCGACAUUGUAGAUAAUUUUUGAAACAUUUGUUCAUUAAAUUAUCCUUCAGCAAUUACUUUGAUUUCUUGCUUUACUGCCAGGCCAAUUCUGUGCGUAAUAAAAGAAAGACAAAAUGCUCAGCUUAUAACAGAGUACAGGCCCUCUAUAGACAAUGAUGUUUGAGCUUGCUUUUGCAUCUUUGAUGUGUAGGAAUUGGUGGUAAAGUUUAUGGAGCUACAACUGCAGCCGAUUUAUCCACACUGUUCGAUGUAGGAGGGAUUAUAGGUAAAGUGAACCAUGCCUAACUUAAACCAUUGUGCUGUUUUGAAUUUCAACUAUGUUUCCUCUCUUAUGGACUUUAAUACACCAAUUCUGGUGUAAUGGCUUGGCUUGUCUGUCUCUUUUAAACGGACUGAAAACUGAAACUUUGCUUAACUGGUUUCUUCUGCACGAACGGUCAACUGGUGUAAAAAAGAAGCGGUUUUAAAAGUAUUCGUGUGGACGGUUCCUAAGUGGAAUAUGAUCGUCCGUCUGGGUGAGUCGUUGUGGUCCUGAAUAGGACUAUGGUGGAUAGUUAGUGAUGUUCCCACAUCUCCUCAGACAGGGUUGCCACGGUCAAGAAAAAGUCAUGGAAAAACGAAAAUUUUUCAAGGUCAGGGAAAAGUCAGGGAAUUUUUAAAAAAGUCAGGGAAAAUCUUUGAUAUUGUCAAAGUCAGUGUAAAGUCAGGGAAUUCUGUUUUCCUGCCUAUAGUUCAUAAGUUUUCUUCAAGACUUUCAAAUGCAUUUUCUUUCGGAAAGAUGAAAAGUAUGCUGUAAGGCAGGCAAAGCGAUCAAUUUGACACUCUACGCCUGACAUAUAUAGUGGCUGUGGUCAGUGAUUUUGGUUCUGAAUGUUUUCUUUCCAAAUUCCUUCUUCCUCUUGAAAAUUAAGAGAAAAAUAUCGAUGGCCUGCAAAAAAGGCUAAAGCGAAUGUAAACAUCGAUUGUUUCUCAUUAAUAAAAGGUCAGUGAAAAGUCAGGGAAUUGUUAACUUUCUGAUGAGUGGCAACCAUGUCAGAGUCAAAGUGAGUUGCAUCUGAGAAGGCUGGUGUGUUUUCAAAUGCUAGUAUCAAUAGAGAUUUUUGAGAGCUUCAGUUGAAUGUAUGUAGUCCUCGGAGCGACGUUUGCUCGUCCAUUCCCUCCCACGACAGUCAAAGAAGAGUUCUCAUAGCUGUUGUUUCACUUGUUUUUCAGGGGGAAUCUUUGCAGGGUUUGUUUCAGACAAAACGAAGUGCAGUGGGAUCACGGUUGUUUUCAUGUUAAUUCUAGCAGCUCCAAUGGUUAGUCAAUUGCACAAUUAUACCCGCGAACGUCUCAAGGAAAAUUUCCUCUUUGAUUUUCUGUUUACCAUUGUUACGAGGCGAGCCAAAGGCGAGUUUCUGGCGCGAAAGACUGCUGUUACGGCUCUUGCAAGAAUACGCCGAGCCAUUCUUAUUACCUUUCUCCGGCGUUUUGCUACGUUGAAUUGGCUAAACACAAGGCGAGGCUAAAUCAAAUUUAUUGUUGCGGAAUUUCAUAAAGUAAUGUAAAUUUGAUUGUCUGUUUUUUUUCUCCAGCUGUUUAUUUACAGAUUCUUCGCUAAUUCCAGUCUCCAAGCCAAUAUAUGUAAGUAUAAAUCUCCCCGAUUUUGUUUGAGGGCAGGGGUCGGCUGUACACAGGCUAAAUAAUUAUGCCCUUUAUUGACAUACACUGGUGACGAAAAGUCUUAAAAAGUCUUUGGUCUUAUAAAACUUUUUUGGCCUGUAUCAGUUUCGUAACUUCCUUGCAGGGGAUCUCGCUGUCCCGAAGAGUCGAUUUUUCCCUUUUUAACUCAGUUUGAGCAUUCUUAUAUGUAACUAGUGAUCAUAGCUCGAGCUAAACUAAGUACAGACUUCAGCAAUAACCUGCGUAGCUGGCGGUAGAGGAAACGUCAUUCACGGCCAGACACCUCAUAAACGAGCGAUGGAGUUGCAGGAGAAGGAAACGAGAAUCCUUGUUUUCUUCUCUGCGCUCCAGCGUAACCGACGGCCUCUCAGGCAAAGGAAAAACAGUGCAGCUUUGUCCGCGGAAGUCAUAAAUUUACCAUUCGUCAACCUAACUUGCCACUUUGUUCACAACAGAAAUUUGCUGGUUUCGAUACUGAAUAUCUAUAAUAAAUAACUUUUAACUUCCCUAUCUAAAUAAAAUUAAUCUUUAUUACCGUCCAUGAAUGUGGGCGUUUAAUGGAUGAGAGGCGUUAAUUCUCAUAGCUGUAUCAAGCUCAACAAAAAUAAUAAGCUUUCAGCGAAAGUAUCAAAGGAGUUUAUAUAUACUGAGCGGAAUAUCCAGUCCAUCAGUUGAUCCGUUUAGGCCGUUAAGAGACCCAUAUCGCUCUUUCAGAUCUCAACUUCGAUGUCAGAAUCCGCGUUCAGGGUCUUUUUGUUAUCACACUGACUCUGAACUUGACAUUGGACAAGAUUCAAUGUGAAAACCCUUGUUAAUCAAGCAAGAAACUGAAUAAGUUAAAUGCUGUUGCGCCUUUUUGCUAAUUUCUAGUAUUUUGGAGCGUCUGUUAGACAGGGGGCGUUAAAUAAAGUAACAUCGUAGUGGGGGGCGUUUAUUAGACGAGGCUUUUAUUUGAGAGGGGGCGUCAAUUACAUCAUUUAUGGUAUGUCCCUCUGUAAACGUCUAACUCGGCUGGUAAGAGGUAUAUCUCCGCCUUUUGACCAUUUCUAAACUCGAGAAUAAAGCGUGAGUUCUAGCUUGUCCUUUAGGAAAGCAUCUCUCACGUUUUGCUUGGCCGAGCCAGUUCUUGCUCGUCAUAGCUAAUGAUUUUGUUAGAGGAUGACUUGGCUGGACGAUCCUGGGCCCUUUUCCAUCGUGCUAGUAAGCUUUAAAAGUUACUUGCCCACUCGUUCCGAACGACCCCUGUUUUGUAAUAGGCCUAAUGUGAUAAGUGGGCUUAGUUGGGCUUAUAAGAUGCUAGUUGCUCACUACAACAAUCCACCUCUGGUUUCAGUUUUAAUGAUUGCUACUGGGUUGUUUGUAAAUGGACCUUAUGCUUUGAUCACCACGGCAGUUUCAGCAAAUCUGGUAAGUUAUGUAGUCGUCACUUCAGCGACCUAUGGCUUAUCUAUAUUUAUUAAAACUUUAUGAAUUGUUUACAGGGAACGCAUCAAUGUCUCCAUGGUAACACGAAAGCAAUGGCAACCGUAACAGCUAUUAUUGAUGGUACCGGCUCCAUGGGUAAGGAACAAUAACAAACAAAGGUCAUUCCUGUAGUGCUACCAAAGAUUACCAAAUUAUGUGCGGUCAUAUAUCUUGAAAUCAUGAUCCACAUACGUCCAUUUGAAAGGGUAUAUCUAACACUCAAGAGCAUCUUUCAUCCCAAUAAAUCCACGUUGCUUAAAAACAAACACUCGACUUCGACUGGCUCCUCGGUGCCGGGAUCCGGGUAGUAGUUAAAAUACUCCUUCUCUUGCUUUCUAUAUGUUGGUUUGUUACCUGAGUGAAGAGAACGUGUUACUUGUUACAGUGCAAGAAUUAAAGCAGACUUGUAUAAUUUAAACUGAGCAAAGUCUUUUUCAAACUGCGAAUCAAGGCCAUAUUCAACACUAACAUUUUCAUCACAAUGAUACAUGGAAAAAAAUUGGAAAAAAGAACUAACAAAUGAAUUAAAGUUGCGUUUACGGGAUUAUUUUAACAGCGCUCAAUUAAAUAGUUACGAGUUUAUGCUUGAAAAUAAAAGCAACAGAUAUAAAUGUGUAAUGGGUAUAAUAGGGGUAAAAACUUAAGGAGAAAUUAGCACAAUUUAACAAUGAUUUCAUAGGUUAAUAAUUUAUUAAUGCAGCGUAUUGACACCUAUAUACCCACAUACACCUAGUCGUAAAAGGUAAAUAAAUGAAUACAUAAAUAAAACUAUUUGGCGUUUAACCUUCAAAUAUACAAGGGCCGCCGCCUUUUCACUUUCUUUCAAUAUUUUAAUUUCAUUUCGUGUAAUAAUCUUCGCUCAGGGGUUUUUUUUUGUCUUUUCUUUUCUCCUUGGACUGACCAGUUCCAAAGCUCUAUAAAAUCAUCCGGAUCGUAGCGACUGCGUAUGUCUGAGUCUUCCUCAUGCAAGUAGUUCCGGGGCGUUACGGAACUAUCCCGAGGAUUGGAGAGCUCCCCAAAUCGCCUGGAGUCUAUAUGAAGCGCUUUUUCCGUAUGAUAGUUCCGGAUCGUGUCGAUCAUCGAUCCAUCAACCCCGACCCCACUUAUACCCUACUUUUUAUUUAACAAUUUGUGAUUCUUGGAAAUACACAAAGGUUGCUGCAACCGGAAAUGAUAUAUCUGAAGUUGCCAGUGCCUCAAAAUUUUAUGAUGUUCUUAUCUAUUAUAGGCGCUGCACUUGGUCCACUGCUAACUGGGAUAAUAUCACCUACGGUAUGUCAGCCCAUGUGUACUCAUUCGUUUUCAGGCAUAUCCUCUCUACUGAUAAAUACAUGCAUAAAUAAUUACAACUUAGGGAGGGUUAACCUACACGUCAAACAAGGGACAGCUCUUCCUGCAUUCACACACGUAUCACAUCACCUUUAUUUAACCUCGGAUUUACAGUGAAGCUCUUCAAGCUCUUGUAUUGAUGUCAUGUCUUGACCAUAUCUACACCUAAUCUAUUCAAAUCAUCAAGAGUUCUAAAAACUACACUGAGCGAUGAUUGCCAAAUCGUUGGUAUUGUGAAUUACCGAAUGCCUUGUCUAAAAAAGCACCGGAUAAUCGAGACGCGCUCGUGGAAUGACAACAUUAUUAACGCUUUUGUGUCUGAACUUCAACAACCACCGUGGGGCGUUAUCGAUUCUUUUACUGAUGUUCACGACGUUUUCUGCUUGGGGGUCGCUGUUUAAGGAUUUGCUAGACAGGUGUCUCCGAAACCAAGUGAUCCCAAGUUACUAAUAUGAAAAGGAAAGCAAAAAGGAAUUACUUCUUAAGCCACCACUUUCUGUGCGGAAAGUUUCCUACCGAAAAUUGCAAUCAGUCAACGUAGUCUCCUUGAAUGAGGACUUGGCUACUUCUGAGUUGUGCCAGAAUCCAUCUGAUGAUUUACGGGAACUUGUUUCAUCUUAUAACAAUACCCUCAUGACUGCUUUGGACAAGCACGCGCCGUUAAUGACAAGAACAAUUGUUCAGAGACCUCGUGUUCCAUGGUUUAGUCGGGAGAUCAGGGAGGCGAAGCGUCAACGAGGGAAGGUUGAAAAGAGGUGGAGGAAUUCUAGAUUGGACUCCGAUCUUGCUGUUUUCAAAGCAAAACGUAAUUUUACUACCCGUCUUAUGAACAAGGCUCGGAGGGAAUUUUAUAGUAACUUUAUAGACGAAAAUGGCGGUGAUCAAAAGAAACUAUUCUGUGCAAGUCAGCGCUUAUUUAACGGCACAGUGAAUGAUGGUCUCCCACCUAAUGUGGACAGUAGAACGUUUUCUAACGACUUGGGAAAAUACUUUGUUCAGAAGAUAGAUACCAUCCGCAAGCAGCUUGACACCGAUCAGCAGACUGAUUCACUUCCAGAAGAUGACACUCCGUCUGCUGUUCUUUAUUAGACUGAUUCACUUCCAGUAGAGGACACUCUGUCUACUGUUCUUGAUGAGACUGUGCCAUCAUUCCCUACUUUUACGAUGCUAUCAGUUCGACAUGUUAAACAGCUUAUCCAGAACUCCUCCCUUAAAUCCUGCCCUCUUGACCCUAUGCCAUCCACACUGGUUAGCAAAUGUGAAGAUCUCCUCCCAGUUCCCACAAAAAUCGUUAACAACUCAUUGCAGUCCGGGUGUUUUCCUGAAAUUUGGAAUGAGGCUUUGGUUUUUCCGCUGUUAAAGAAACCCGGUCUCCAUAUCAUCUUUUAGAACUUCCGUCCCGUGAGCAACUUGUCUUUUGUGUCUAGACUCAUUGAAAGGGCUGCUUUCAAUCACAUUCAUGGUCACCUGGUUAGUCAGUCAGCUUAUAAAAGAAAUCGCAGCACUGAAACAGUUCUUCUGAAAGUAAUAAACGAUAUUCUGUUAAACAUGAACAAGCAGCACGUUACUAUCCUUGUUUUGCUUGAUCUCAGUGCUGCUUUCUAUACCGUUGAUCACAGCAUUCUCCUUAACAGAUUAUCGUCAAAACUUGGUUCGAAUGGCGCUGCAUUUGACUGGUCUCGAUCUUAUUUGUCUGGCCGUUCCCAGCGAGUCUCUGUUCGGGGAGCUGUAUCUGAUAAGUUAGGCGUGGGGUAUGGUGUUCCUCAAGGCUCGUGUCUUGGCCCACUUUUCUUUACAGUUAAUUCAAGCGCAGUGUUUGAUGUCGUCAUUGUUAUGCGAUGACUCUCAGUUAUACAUCUCGUUUAGUCCCAAGGCGCACUCUGUCCAGGCUGAUGCAGUUGCUUCCAUAGAACAUUGCAUUCAAGACAUCAGGCAGUGGAUGUCUCAAGACAAGUUGCUCAUGAAUGAUGCCAAAACAGAACUUCUUUUGAUUGACACCAGACAGCAACUCGCUAAAAUCACAACUGAUGGCAUAACUGUUGGACACUCUGUCAUUGCUCCACAAUCUCCCAUUCGCAAUCCGGGUGUGUGGUUAGAUUCUGACCUAUCAAUUGGUGAUCACAUAACGAAAACAAGCUCUGCAGCAUUCUAUUAUUUGUACAAUAUCAGGAGGAUAAGGAAAUAUCUUAGCAAAGAAUGUACUGAAACACUGAUACAUGCCUUUAUUUCUAGCCGCUUUGACUAUUGUAAUAGCCUGUUAUAUGGCUUACCGGCGUAUCAGAUUCAGAAACUGCAAAGAGUCCAGAACUCUGCUGCACGCCUUGUAUUCCAAGAAAGUAAAUUUUGUCAUAUUACACCAUUGCUAAGAGCUCUACCCUGGUUACCCGUAGCAAAUCGAAUAGUUUUUAAAAUUUUACUCUUGACUUUGAAGGCCAUUCAUAAACUCGCUCCAAAUUACAUGUCCGAACUUGUAUCUCUGAAAGACAAUGAGGGUAGGUACUAUCUUAGAUCAAAUGACGGCAAACUUCUUAACAUCCCAUCAUGCGAGUCUCUUUCCACGCUUGGUGAUCGAUCUUUUUAUAUGGCUGCCCCUAAAUUAUUGAACGAUCUUCCCCUUUUUAUAAGAAAUAUAUCUUCAGUUAAUGCUUUCAAGAAGGUUCUUAAAACUCAUUUAUUUCAGAAGGUGUUUCCCAGCUAAUUUAUUGUUUUUAUUCUUUUUAUAAAGAAGGAUUUGUAUAUAGGAUUUUAAGAAUGAUUAGUCUUUGUUUUUAGAAUUUUAGACUUCUUAUUUUUAACAAUUGAAAUUAUUAGGUGCAAUCUGUAAAUAAGACUUUAAGGAUUAAUUAGUCAUUGUUUUUAGAAUUUUUUGAAUUGGAAUAUGUACUAGGAUUCUAGCAUUUUGUUGAGUCAUUGUAAUGCGCAGAUGACAAUUUCUUUCCCUGGAUUGAUAUUUGCGCAAUACCAAUCAAUAAAUUUUAUUAUCAUUCGAUGCAAAUGUUUCUUCCUUUUCAUUGGCCGAGAGCCCACCACGUGACCUGCAAAUAACUGCCUACAAAUAAUGGUGUGUUCAUGCGCAAUGUCGUUCAACUGUUUUUGGCUGCAGAAGUAAUCGUCUGAAAUUCAGGCUACUCUUUUACAUGUUUUCUUUUUUUAUUAUUACCGCUGAUCACCGGUUAAUACCAGCUGGUCCUCUGUGCUCUGUUGAUCGGUUUUUCUAUCAGGAUAAAUAAAGAUAUUAUUAUUAGUACCAUUAUUAUUAUUAUUAUUAUUACUAUCUCCUUUAUCACAGUCUUUGAUAUUUUGGUUUUGCCAGUUGAAAAUCGUGUUUUACUUUUUUGUGAAUUAAAGCAAAGGAUCAGCCGGCGUCACUGGACGGCAAACCAUGACGUUACCUAAAACGAGCGUCAAAUUCAGUCACUUUUUUUUCAAGUGAUCAAUUAUUCUGUUCAUCGGUUUUUCUAUCACUAAAUAAAGAUAUUAUUAUUAGUACUAUUAUUAUUAUUAUUAUUAUUAUUAUUACUAUCUUUUAUCACAGUCUUUGAGGAUUCGCGCAAACCAUGCACCUAGAUCCCAGUCAUGCAAUUAUUCUGUUCAUACACUUUUCUGAGGAUUCUCCCAGUCAUUCUGAAUCUUCUCUAGUAUCUCUCUCUGAUACUUUCUUGAUGUUUUCUACCAUACCCUUCUUCACUGUACCAAGCGCACCAACAAACCACGGGGAUCACUACGGUUUUCAUAUGCCACAUUCUCUGUAUUUCUAGUUUUAGGUCUAUAAUUAUAAUAAUAAUAAUAACAAUAAUAAUAAUAAUAAUAAUAAUAAUAAUAAUUAUUAUUAUUAUUAUUAUUAUUAUUAUUAUUAUUAUUAUUAUUAUUCAUGUUCUAUCUCAAAAUUAAACGGGAGGUUAAAACCACCAGGACGGUUUGUACAGUAAAUCAUUAACCAACAAUACUUUCCCAUGUCUCGUUUUUCCUUUUUGUAUUUUUUUAGCAUGAUUUCUUGACUAGCAUUCCUCCGACAUCAGUUUUAAAAGUGUUCACUUUAAGCUCGAGCGUGGAUUACUAACUCUUUUCAUUCUUCACUACUGAUCCCCGUCAGCUUCAUUUCUUCAUUUUCGUACCCCCACCCCCUUUAACUAGUGGUCAGUAAAUUCCCGCGGUUUUUAUUUUCAGUCGCACGCUCAACAAUUUUUAAAGCAAAAAAAUAGAGGGUGUUUUACGGUAGUUUGUACUAUCACAAGUCUUUUGGACGCUAUUUCUGGUACCCAGCUAAAGUGUUAGUCUCUUUUGAUCAGUGGAAAGGUUGAGAACAAUGGAAUAUUUGUGUUCUUGUUUGCAGGGGUGGAACAAUGUGUUUUAUAUGUUAAUUACCGCUGACGUUUUAGCGGCCAUUGUAAGUGUAUGAUUUAUAUUUUUAAUUCAGUGUCACGGCUUACAAUAGCACGAUAGUAAGUCCGACGGUUUUCUUAUGCUGCUUUUAUGAGAUCGUCUCUUGUGGUUAAACGCUAUGUGUGUAUUUUAUUUUGGUGGGUUUUAAGUACUUUUGUAACAGUAAACAUGGAAAAGAGGAAAUAGUGUCUGGCAUCAGUUAAGAGUGUCUGACCACUGAAGACAUUACACGUUUCUGGGAAACUGCCCACAUACCCCUCCCCUAAGCCAACAUUAACACUUACCUCUCACUUAGGGCAAAAUGUUGGCUUAAGGGAGGGGUAGGUGGGCAGUUUCCUGGGAACGUUUUAUGAUCCGACAUUAUUACCUCCAUAUAAAAUACAAAUAAAUGGUUUGAUUUUUUUUCUUGUUUAGCUCCUCAUCAGACAAGUGGUAUUUGAAAUAGAGAAAUUUUGCUGUCCACGCACCAUGUGAGUAUUGUGGCAUUCUAAUCUUAAUUUUUUAGGCCCUUGGAGCAUUUUAAAAUCAUUUUUCAUGUGGCUGGGAGUGGAGGCAAUAGAUCAAUACGGUGUAUAUCAUUACCAUUAGCAACAAGACAUCAUCAUAGAGUUAUCAUAUGAUGAAAUUCAUAUCAAAAGAACCUUCUUACUACCUUUCUCUCAAUAUUUUCUUCACAGAGUGCUCUCUCAGUUACCUUAUGUAGAAUCUGGCAUUCAUUCGGACCACCCGGGACGAGAAAGCGAACAAGAGCCUCUACUACAAAACUAA